AGAGAGAGGGGGAGAGAGAGGGAGGAGGGAGAGGGAGAGAGAGGGAGAGGGAGGGAGAGAGAGAGGGAGGGAGAAGGGGCAAAAUGAGGAUACUGAUUCUUAAGCCAAAAUGAGAAGUUAAUGGAUGUUGUAUCAAACCUUUGGCUGUUUAAGAAUAGAUAAUAACCUCGGGUUGGAUCUGCACUGUGACUUCUAUCCCACUAUAAACAGAGAGAAAACAGUGUUAUGUACCCUGGCAGAUUGAGCAACUUUGGAAGUUUUGGCUUUUGUGUUGAGUUAAUGAUGCAUCAUCAAUAACUCACACUGAGACGUAAGGCGAGAUAUCGGCUUUUAUUGACUGGAAGAAGGAACCAGGAGUGAGUGUCUAUCAUACAAGGUCUUGGAGACUGAGGCCGAGCGUCAGGCCGCAGAUCUCCUUUAUACAGGGGCCUGUGGGAGGAGCCACAGGAGCAGUCAGCAGGGGCGUGUCCCGACAGGCACAUAGUUCACCACAGUUAACAUUCUCAGAGCUGAGUUCACAUGAAGCGGAAUCCUGAACUCCUCUCCACUUUGCAGAACUCCAUCAAAUAAAUAGUGAUUAAUCAGCGACGGCCAUUGCCCACAGCCAGUCUGUGCUCGAGAGGCUCCAGCAUAAUCUCACUCGGGUUUUGACUCCGUUGAGGUGGAAGAGCAAGACCCUGGUGUAAGAAGGCAACCUGGUUACGGGGCAUCAAUGAUCAACGGGCGUUGGAAUCGUCGCCUGAAAGGCUGGUGAGAGACGCAACAACAGUUGUCUGAAUUUUUGUAGCGUCUUUAAUCGUCCCAGGUCGUUUCAGAAGAAUUUCUCCGAGCCGGUCCUGAAGAAGGCACGGGGGGAGAUCUUCAAGUGCUCAGCUGAAGAGGGCGGACGGCGGAUGAACCGGGAGACGAUGGGGGAGGAGAGCGCGGCCAACGGCAGCUGGCCGGUGACCUUCCCCGGGACGGACCUGCUGCAGCGGUACAAGCCCUUCUUCAUCCUGCUGUACGGCGCGCUGGUGGCCGUGGCCUGCGUGGGCAACGCCUUCCUGAUCGGCUGCAUCGCGGCGGACAAGAAGCUCCACAACGCCACCAACUUCUUCAUCGGCAACCUGUCGGCCGCCGACCUGCUGAUGUGCCUGUGCUGCGUGCCCCUCACCCUGUCCUACGCCUUCGAGCCGCGGGGCUGGCUCUUCGGCGGCUUCAUGUGCCACCUCACCUCGCUGCUGCAGUCCGCCACCGUCUACGUGUCGGUGCUGUCGCUGACGGCCAUCGCGGUGGACCGCUACAUGCUGGUGGCGCACCCCGUCCGCCGGCGGAUCGGGCUCGGCGCCUGCGGCACCGCCGUGGCCGGCAUCUGGCUGCUGUCGCUGGCCCUGGCCGCGCCGGCCGCCGCCCACGUCCGCUACCUGGAGCUCCCUGCCAUCGGCUUCAGCGCCUGCGGGGAAUCCUGGCCGGCGUCGGAGAGCCAAAAGAUAGCGUACUCAUGCACCGUUCUGCUCGUGUCCUACAUGCUCCCUCUCUCCGCUGUCAUCGCCUCUUACUGCGCCAUCACCGUCCACUUGAAGAGGCGGGACACUCUGGAGGAAUCGGGGAGGAAUCCUGUCCACUGGGGCAAGCGGAAGAGGAGGACCUUCCUUCCCCUGGUGGUCUCGGUCCUGGUCUUCGGCAUCAUCGACCUGGACACCAAGCUGACCAUCCUCAACUACCACCACAUCAAGGUCCUACACCUGUCCUGCCACUGGCUGGUCAUGAGCUCCUCCUGCUACAACCCCUUCAUCUGCGCCUCGCUCCACAGCAAGUUCCAGCUCUGCCUCCGAGGCUAUGUGCAGCGAAGGAAGAGGAAAGACGGCCUCGUGUCCAACGUCCUGUCCCCUGCUGCCCCCACCAGCAGCUGACUAAACCACCCCCCCCAACCCUGAUAUAGUCAGCUGCACCUGAACUUUGAACCCUUCAGGGUUGAACUCUGAACUUUGUACUCCUUCCUUGAGAUUGACAAUUGGGGCUGGAUCCUCACAGUACCGUGUCCUACAGGGAUCAACGCACAUCCCUGGCUUGAGAACCUGUAACAAAUCCCUCAUUGUAACACAACUGCAGUGAUUUUGCUCGAUCAACGAUGCCAAACCCAAUUCCAAUCACUGACCUGGUCAGCUCCCAUGGACAGAGAGCAUGUGAGGACAAAGAUGUGACAGAGCAGAAGAUGAUCUCCUUUGCAGUUUGGUUUAAGUUAUUUUAUUGAGGUAUAGCGCCCCGCCACACAGCAAUCACCCUAUUUAAUCCUGGCCUAAUCACAAUUUACAAUGACCAAUUAACCUACCAACCGGUAUAUCUUUGGACUGUGGGAGGAAACCGGAGCACCCGGAGGAAACCCGCAUGGUCACGGGGAGAACGUACAAACUCCUUACAGGCAGUGGUGGGAUUUUUUGUGGUUGGUGAUUAAGGGUGGGGCAAUGAGGGUGAGGCAGCUGUUCCCAGUGUAAGAAGAGGAAAGUCUGUGAAGGAAAAGCAAGAGGUCACUGGCUCACCCAUGCGAAAUGAUCACGAGAACAGAAGAGGCAGAGACUGGGCACUGAUCCUCCAGCUGGCUGGCAGAGUUAUUACCUCGGGACUGUUAUGGGCAUUGUGGAGGGGCACGAUACAGGGUGAGAGUAGGGAGGGAGGAUUCUGAACUUUCUAGAUUGACCUCUUCCCGCUCUCAGUCCACAAAAGAGACCCAUAUCAGAAUCAGGUUUAUCAUCACUCCCAGAUGACAUGAAAUUUGGGUUUUUUUUUGUGGCACAGUGCAAUACAUAAAGUUGCUAAGCUCCUGUGCAAAUGCCUUGGGUACCCAAGGCAUAUAUACAUAUAUAGCCAGGGUACCCAAGGCUAUAGUGUUGGCGCGUGGCCAAGUGGUUGCGUUUAUCUAGAGUCUAGUUAUCUGAAGGUCGCUAGUUCGAGCCUUGGCUGAGGCUGCGUGUGUGUCCUUGAGCAAGGCACUUAACCACACAUUGCUCUGCGACAACACCGGUGCCAAGCUGUAUGGGUCCUAAUGCCCUUCCCUUGGAGAACAUCAGUGGCAUGGAGAGGGGAGACUUGCAGCUUGGGCAACUGCCAGUCUUACACAAAAAAAAACCUUGCCCAGGCUUGCCCCUUGGAAACUUUCCAAGGUGCAAAUGCAUGGUCUAUCAAGACUAACGGAGGCCUACACGCAAUAAUAUACAAUAAUAUAUAUAUACACACAAACGUGUGUGUGUGUCUGUGUGUUUAAGACUUUUGCACAGUACUGUAUAUUGAGUCAAAUUGCUCUCAUUACAUGAGAAAUGGAGUCUAUAAUUGUCUCCUCACUUGUCUGGGCAAAUGCCUUGGUCCAGUAAGGCCCAAGUCUACAAUGGUUCAAUGAGCUAGUAUGAAAAGAAGGAGAAACUCUGUCAUGUUAACCAAGAAACCACUCUAUUCUUACAUAAACCAAUCAUCUUCACUAUAACGUCCUUCAUGUAAAUAAAUAUGUCACCCAUACCUGGCCUGGGCUGGACGUGACUCCAGCCGGAUUCAUGUGUACGACCCUUGGAUUCCCUCUGUGACGAUACUGCAGAGCAUCCAGUUGUAUGGGGGGCUAGUAGACUUGUCAGUCGAAAGCCAUUGCCAGUGAUCGACCUGUCCGAGGGAUGUAGCAUCCCUUUUCCAUUGGUUGUUUUGCUUGUCACGACUCCGGUGUCGGGCGCCGGGCACCUCGGGGAUAUAAGAAUAGCGCGUGUGAGAGACUCGUGCUCUGUCCCUUGUCUCCAGGGGCUCACCGACGCAUUGAGAUCGUGACCAGUGCUGAAGAACCGUUGGGAAAUGGUGCUGCAGAUGUAGAAGGGCCCACACGCUCACUUAGCUAAGUAUUCAUUUGCUGAACGUGUAGUUUUGCAGUUGUGUAACUUGGGGAGACUUAGCUGAUUGGUGGAAUGUUUUACUGUUAAUGUUAAUAUGUUUAUUCAAAAUCAAUGUCUUCUGUUGCACUUCCUCAUAACAGAAAUCUGCAAAGAAUUAAAUCUGAUAGCCAACCUUGACCUUGAAUUCAGUAAAGUUGAUCCCAGACCAUUUAGGCUUGCAAUGGUUGAGUCACGGUGGGAAAGUGGAAAGGGACUGGACAGGGAGAGAAAGACUGGGAUCAAGGCGUGGAGCAAGACCUUGAGAGAAUGACUCAGAGUUAUGGACUGACGCAGGACCUUUGACCAAACUGUUCUGUACUUACUAAAUGUUUAUCAUCCGUUAGUUCAUUAUGUGCCGUGACGUGGGUGAUCAUGGUCUUUUCACGACCAUCAUUGUUCUUGGCAAAUUUUUCUACAGAAGUGGUUUGCCAUCGCCUUCUUCUGGGCAGUGUCCUUACAAGAUGGCUGACCCCCAGCCAUUAUCAAUACUCUUCAGAGAUUGUCUGCCUGGCAUCAGUGGUCGCAUAACCAGGACCAGCUGCUUGUAAUACCUUCCACCACCUGCUCCCCUGGCCUCAGGUGACUCUGAUUGGGGGAGCUAAGUAGGUGCUGCACUUUGCCCAGGGGGUGACCUGCAGGCUCCGGACGGGAGGUUUACACCUCCUUAGGUAGAGAUAUAUCUCCACCCUCCCACCUGGGAACAUUCAUCAAGCAAGGCCCAUUUGCUUGUGUUUGGUUCAUAUCCUUCUUAACCAGGAGCUCCCAAUUUUUUUUGUGCCAUGAACCAAUAAGCAAGGAGACUGAGGAUUCCAGAUUGGGAACCUCUGCUCUAAACCUUUCCUGUCCAUGUUCCUAUCAAAGAAUCUACUUGUCUCAGUGUCUCCUAUAUUAGUUAUUGUAUCUGCUUCAACCACUUCCUCUGGCAGCUUGUUCCAAAAUCAAACUGAAGUUUGCUCCUCAAGUUUUUAUUAAGUUUUUUCCCCUCUCAGCUUAAAAUUCUGCUCAUUAGUUCUUGACUCCCGACCUAUGGAAAAAAGGUUGCGUUGUUUCACCGAGCCCAUGCCUCUCAUGAUUUUCAAAGCACUUUUAUUACCAAAGUAUGCGUAAACCUUGAGAUUUGUCUGCUUACGGGCAGCCACAGAGAACACAGUUAAAAAAAACUAACCAACACCCAAUGCGCAGAGAGGGAGAAAGGAAAACAAAUUAUGCGAACAAUAGAGUUGGCAUCGGCACUCAGAAUGAAAUUGUGUCCGUACACACCGGGAGCCUGGAGCAGCCGGAGUCGGCCACGGUCUCGGUCUCAGUUCGUCACGCAGCGGAGCAAAUCGCAGCAAAGCUUGCAGACACUAAGCCCAGGGCAGCCUCAGCCCCGAGGAAAACUGGGUAAAAGGUCACGGAGCAGAACCGGCUUGACCCUUCCCAACACCCUGCCUUUUCAGUCCAUUUGGCCCGGGUUUCAAGUUGUCCAGACACCGCGAUGGAGCACUUCAAUAAGAUCACCUCUCAGCCUCCUACGCCCCAAGGAAUAAAGUCUAAUCCUCUCCAAAAUUCAGUCCCUCGAGUCCUAGCAACAGCUUCUUAGAGCUUUUCUGUACUCUUUCCAGCUUAAUAGCACCUUUCUAUAGUAAGGGGGACCAACCCUGAACAAAGUGCUCCAGGAGUCAGAACAGAUCUGACAGCUCGAUGUCCACAAGACACUUUGACGGUGUAAGUAUUGUACCGGGAGAUGUUAUUCAGAGGAGGCACGCAAUGCUUUGAGUAUAAAAGAAUGAGAGAUGAUUGCAUCGAACUCCUUUGGAGAUAAUGCAUGUGUAAAAUCAACGUCUGGGUAGUCAAAAUAAGGUGGUCGGCCAAAUGGGACAGAGAUGGGGAGAAGUUCCUUUGUCAAGAGAGUCAGAGUCGGAAUCAGGUUUAAUAUCACUGGACAAUGUUGUGAAGUUUAUUGUAUUUGCGGCAGCUGUACAAUGCAAUACAUAAUAAUAGAAAAAACAUGAAGUGCAGUAGAUAUAUAAGAGUAAAAGUACGGAGGUAGCAUCCAUGGCUUCAAUAUCCAUUUAGAAAGCUGAUGGCAAAAGGGGAAAAAGCUGUUCCGGAAUUGUUGAGUGUGUGCCUUCAGAUUUCUGUACUUUGUCCCCGAUGGUAACAAUGAGAAGAAGGUAUGAUUUGGGUGAUGGGCGUCCUUAAUGAUGGACGACACCCUUCUGAGGCUUUGCUCCUCGAAGGUGUCCUGAGUACAAUGGAGACGAGGGCCAAUGAUGGAGCUGGCUAAGUUCACAACUCUCUGCAGAUUAUUUCGACCCUGUGCAGUAGCCCCCCACCCCUCCAGCACCCGAUACCAGAUGGUGAUGCAGCCAGUUAGAAUGUUCUUCACGGUACAUCGGUAGAGAUUUGCAAGGGCGGUGAAUCUUUGGCAGUUUUGCCCAAGAGGGCUUUAACCGAGUACUUUUAAGACAAGGAUGGUGGAUUUUAGAGGACUAAUGGAGUCAAGGGACAUGGGGUUGGUAAAAGAGAGUGGCACUGACAAAUGUCAGCUAUGAUUUUACUGAAUGGCCUUCUGUUUGGAAUGGUUACGGCUGACUAUAACCUUAUGAUCCAGAGCAUCUAUUCUUACUGUCAAGUCAGGCUCUGGUUCAAACUACAGAGAAAGUGCAGUGUAGGAAAACAUUAGGGGUGUAAGGUCAUAAUGAGGUGGAUUGUGAUUUCAAGAGUCUAUCUGAUCGUACUAGGAAACUAUUUAAUAGUCAAUUUAGCAGCGGAGUAAAAGCUGUCCUUAGCCUGAUGUCACCUACUUUCAAUCUUCUGUUACCUUUACCCGCCAGGAGAGGGGAUCCUCAAUGGAGGUCAGCAUCUUCCUUGGUGUUAUCGUUUCAGAGGGCCUGUCCUGGGCCCAGCUCGUAAGGGCAGUUAGGAAGAAAACACGGCAGUGCCUCUAUAUCCGCAGACUCACUGCCCUCUGGCUAAGCAAAUUCCUCCCUAUCUCUGCCGGUCUGAAGGUUUUCAAUAAUGUGGAAAGUGGGAGAGGCUGCACGGGAGAAGGGGUUAGGGAGGCCAAUAAUGGGGUGGUAAAUUGGAUUAGUAAGUAUGCAGAUGAUACUGAGAUAGGUGGUGUUGUGGAUAAUGAAGUAGGUUUUCAAAGCUUGCAGAGAGAUUUAGGCCAGUUAGAAGAGUGGGCUGAAAGAUGGCAGAUGGAGUUUAAUGCUGAUAAGUGUGAGGUGCUACAUUUUGGUAGGACUAAUUAAAAUAGGACAUACAUGGUAAAUGGUAGGGCAUUGAGGAAUGCAGUAGAACAGAGUGAUCUAGGAAUAAUGAUGCAUAGUUCCCUGAAAGUGGAAUCUCAUGUGGAUAGGGUAGUGAAGAAGGCUUUUGGUAUGCUGGCCUUUAUAAAUCAGAGCAUUGAGUAUAGGAGUUGGGAUGUAAUGUUAAAAUUGUGCAAGGCAUUGGUGAGCCCAAAUUUGGAGUAUUGUGUACAGUACUGGUCACCGAAUUAUAGGAAAGAUGUCAACAAAAUAGAGAGAGUACAGAGAAGAUUUACUAGAAUGUUACCUGGGUUUCAGCACCUAAGUUACAGGGAAAGGUUGAACAAGUUAGGUCUUUAUUCUUUGGAGUGUAGAAGGUUGAGGGGGGACUUGAUAAGUAUUUAAAAUUAUGAGGGGGAUAGAUAGAGUUGACAUGGAUAGGGUUUUUCCAUUGAGACUAGGGGAGAUUCAAACAAGAGGACAUGAGUUGAGAGUUAGAGGGCAAAAGUUUAGGGGUAACACAAGGGGGAACUUCUUUUCUCAGAGAGAGGUAGCUGUGUGGAAUGAGCUUCCAGUAGAAGUGGUAGAGGCAGGUUCGAUAUUGUCACUUAAAAAAAAUUGGAUAGGUAUAUGGACAGGAAAGGAACGGAGGGUUAUGGGCUGAGUGCAGGUCAGUGGGACAAGGUGAGAGUAAGCGUUCGGCACAGACUAGAAGGGCUGAGAUGGCCUGUUUCUGUGCUGUAAUUGUUAUAUGGCUAUAUAAAUGCUAAUGAACAACAAUAGUUAAAUCUGUUGGAGACGUAUAUUGGAGAAGACAUCUAGAAAUUACAGACUAUAAACAUCAGCAGACACUGGAAAUAGAAGCUGCUUGGAUUUAUCGUUGAGUGUGGAUGACAGCAAUGUAUCCGGUCAGAAGAUAAAGAAAUCUUCCUUGCCAUUUGUGAAACCAGUCUUCAUAGUUUAAACCCUUCAGCCCCUUUACAACCAUAAGAAACUUUUCAAUGAUUCUGCUUUGACCUAGAGGUGGAUUUCUGGAUAAAAAUCCUACCUUUCUCAACCCCUUUAAGUGUACCACAAGGCAAGUGGAUGCAAUAGACAUGAAAGUCCAGCCAAGAGUUUUACAGCAAGGAGGCUGGACUCCGGGGAGCUGAGAAAUUAGGGAGAAAGUGGAAGUUUUUUUCCCCCUGUCACAGUCAGCUCCAAAAGGAAGGAUAAUGUGUCAAGAAAUGUGGAGAUUGCCUGCCAAGUUUGGAUAUUUCAGCUUCAAGAUUUGGAGUUUGCAAUUCAUAAAAAUGACAAACAAGCCAGCAGGUUAUAUAUCAGUACAGUCCUAAGUAACUCACUAUAAGUGUUGAAGGCAUUGUUAAUGUUGUUUUGUCCUUCACUUUAUCCAAACGUUCAGCAGCCUCUGGUUCCAGACUCUCAGCACUGUUUAUCUGUACUACACCAAAUUUGGCAUGGUAAUUGGUUGUUCCUCCAUUCAUUGCCCACGGGUAUUGGUUGUUCAUUCAUCCAGAUAACCAUGGCGAUUGGCUCCUUUCUACAGAUACCCACAGUGACUGGUUGUUCCUUCACUCAGAUAUCUAAGGCCAUUGGCUGUUUAUUCAUCUCUUUACCCAAGGUUAUUGACUGUUCAUUUACCUAGAUGCCCACCAUGAUUGGUUGUUCCACGUGGACAUUGGCUGUUCCUUCACCCAGAUUCCCAAAUUCAUUGGCUGUUACUGCACCCAAAAUUGGAGAGUGAUUGGCUGCUUCUUCACCUUCAUUCAGAUGUCCUCAGUGAUUGGUUGUUCUUUCAUUCAGAUGCCCACAGUGAUUGGCUGUUCCUUCAUUCAGAUGUCCUCAGUGAUUGGUUGUUCUUUCACAGAGUUGCCGAAAGCCGUUGGCUGUUCUUGAUCCCAAGUUCUGACAGUGAUUGUUCUCUCACACAGAUGUUCUUGAGCUCUGUCGGUUCAGCAAAUACUGUCCAGGUGCCCUGUCGUAAUACAGAGUCCCAGUACAUCUGUGACACAUUUUGUCUGUGCCAGUUGACAUCGAGCUCUCGGACCCUGGCCCUGCAGACCACAGCUCCUCAGUUACAUCCCCACACCCCACUUAAAUGUAUUGAGAGUUUCUGCCCCAACACUCCUCCAGGCCGUGAGUUCCAGGCCUCUACCGUCAUCAGAUCAGGGAAAAGUUCUGCUGUUUUUCUUUUCCAUUUCAUCCUGAUGCCAGUGGUCACUGACUGUACUUUCAUUGCCUCCAAGAGGACCACAACCUUGUUGUAGGAUUUGGAGGCUUGUGUUCCUCGAUGACCCGGAGUCAGGGCUUUACGCUUUGACUCUUGGUAGGGUCACCCACGCCAAACAGGUCAAAGGGUAGAGGCCAGACUAAGAGGGGUCCACCGGUCCUCCAGGUUCGGGGUUUCAACUCAGGGCUAACAACCCUGAUUGGUCAAACAAAAUUGUUACAGAAAGAGGAAUGAAGAAUCCUUCUACAUUUGAGUGUGAUGGUAUUCCUGAGUCUCCAUGACUGACGGUAGAGAAAACGGAGAGGAAGCUACUGACACAAUGAACACCACCAGAGAUGGAGGACCUCACCGUUGCCCUAAAAACCAGCAGUGUAAUAGGCAGAAAGUCCUUUCAUUCAGGUAAUACAUGCAAUAUUCGAUAAUUUUUCUCAAUGAAUGACAAACAAGUAUAAUUUUUUUGUGUUAUUAAUUUAAUUGGGUUCUACUUAUCUAGUUUUAGGACUUACAUGAAAAUCUGAUCACAUUUUAGGUUAUACUUAUGCAGAAACAGAGAAAAUUCUCCAGGGUUCACAAACUUUCUAACACCACUGCAUGUGCCCAAGAUUUUUGCACAGCACUGUAAGUACAACAGUAUCAAUGAGAAACAACACAAGAGCAGAGACUGCUAGACAAUCAAUGUGCAAAAGAAGACAAACUGUGCAAAACUAUGACAGAUCAGUGAGCUAUUAGUGAGAUUUCCCUGUGUACAUAUUGGCUACCCAUUACAACAGGGGCUGUAGCGUUGUUCACUUAGCUGAAAAAACACUUUGAAACAUCCUGAUCCCAUGGAAAUUAUAGUAAGAAUGUGAGUCUUCUUAAGUAGCUGAGCCAAAAUAUGGAUAAUGGAUUGAUGUCAUAGAUAGUGUGGGCCAGAACCACGAUCAGGGAACAGGAAUGAUGGCGGCCAUUUUGUGAGAUUGUCCUUGCAGCCCCCAUUUUGUGAACUGUUUGAACUGAUUCUUGUUCUGGGAUAAUUUAAUCAGAGCAAUGGUCCUGAUGAAGGGUCCCAGCUUGAAACAUCAACUAGUUACUCUUUCCCAUAGAUGCUGCCUGGCCUGCUGAGUUCCUCAAUCAUUUUGUCUGUGUUGCAAUGGAACGUGACCUACCAAACCUGAGACCAUUCUCAGACAAGUAGUUAUUUAUUAAGUAAAGUGGCAGGCUUACACAGGAGGAAGCACACAGUCUGGGACACUAGGUUUGAACUAGUCAGAGUUGAAAAGAACAAAAGCAAGAGACUGAGGGCAAAGGCCAUAAAUGAAUGUUGGUUGUGGCCCCGGACUAGAGGCAAAAAGGAGACCCAGGUAGGUUAGUUGACAAUGGGAUGGAGCAGUACCAUUUAAGCUGAUAUGAAGUGUUUUAAACAUUAAGGAGCCUUGAGUGCAAAGCAGUGACAACUCUCCAGAGACCAACCAUCAUGUGUGUGGAGAAGCCCACUGACACUUGGAAAUGGGGGCUGCGAGGAAUGCCUGGCCAGCAUAGAGUCCUUCCCUGGGUAAUACCUUCACUGACUGUUCAUGGCAGGGUCAGGGAAUCCUAGUGGGUGUGCACACAGGAAGUUAGCUUGUGAACCUAUGUGCUUUGAGAAAUAGUUGAGGCAAUAAAGGGUACUUGUUGGUAAAUACUGAUUCUUGCUGUGGUUCUCUGCUCAGGAGAAAAUCCUGGUACCAAUACCCAAUCAGAGCCCAAGUAUAGGGCUUAAACCCUCCCUCUUCCACAGGGCUCUAUGACCCGUCUUUUCCAAUGGGGUAUUGGGGUCACCGCCAAUACCUGCAGGAGAGGAAUUUUAAAGGUGAAAAUUUUAAUUAAUUCAUAAACAGUGGGCAUUUCAGCCAUGUAUUGCUCACCCUUAAUCACCCCCUGAGAAGAUGUUGGUGAGCUGCCUUCUGGAACUGGUAUGACUCCCUGUAAGCGAAGGUGCUUCCCAGUACUGGUGGGACGGGAGUUCCAGGAUUUAAAUCCUGCAGCUAUAAAUAAUAUGGUUAUAUAUUUAGAUACAUUUCUGUUUGACAGUGCUACUGAGCAAUUUUAAACAAGCUAAAUACUUUUUGUUAAGAACGACAAUUUACUCUUCAGCAGGAAUCAAGUGGAAAGGUCACUGGCUUCUUCUGAGAGGACUUACACAGAACCAGAGUCAGACAUAGGACUUGAAAUUUGUUGACUUGCAGCAGCAGUACAAUGCAAUACAGAAAACAACGCUAUAAAUUACAAUAAGAAAUAAGUAGAGGAAAAAGAGAACAAAGAUAGUGAGGUGGUGUUCAUGGGUUCGAUGUCCGUUCAGAAAUCUGAUGGUGGAGGGGGAGAAGCUGUUCCUGAAUCAUUGAGUGUGUGCCUUGAGGCUCCUGAACCUCCUCCUUGAUGGCAGCAAUGAUGGGCAUGUCCUGGGUGGUGGGGGACCUUAAUGAUGGACGCCGCCUUUUUAAGGCACCAUGUUUUGAGGAUGAGAGGAGACAUGAUAGAAGUGUACAAGAUAUUAAGAGGAAUAGACAGAGUGGACAGCCAGCGCCUCUUCCCCAGGGCACCACUGCUCAGUACAAGAGGACAUGGCUUUAAGGUAAGGGGAGGGAAGUUCAAGGGGGAUAUUAGAGGAAAGUUUUUCACACAGAGAGUGGUUGGUGCGUGGAAUGCACUGCCUGUGUCGGUGGUGGAGGCAGAUGCAUUAAGAGACUGCUAGACAGGUAUAUGGAGGAAUUUAAGGUAGGCUAUAUGGGAGGCAGGGUUUGAGGGUCGGCACAACAUUGUGGGCCGAAGGGCCUGUAAUGUGCUGUAUGUUCUUUGCCUUCAAUGCUGGGGAAGCUAGUGCCAGUGAUGGAGCUGGCUGAGAUUGCAGCCCUUGGCAGCUUUCUCCAGACCUGCGUAAUAGCCCCCAGCCACCCCCCCCCCACCACCCCAUACCAGGCAGUGAAGUUAGAAUGCUCUCCACGCUAUAUAUCUGCAGAAAUUUUCCAGACUGUUUAGUGAUAUGCCAAAUCUCUUCAAAAUAUAGCGGCCGGUGUACUUUCUCCGUGAUUGCCCCAAUACGUUGGGUCCGGGACAGACCUUCAGAGAUAUUUCUGAAGAAAUAACCUGGGUCUAAUGUAUUUCUAAUAUGGAGAAUAACCUGUGAUUAAUACAAAUGAUGGUUGGCAAACAGUAGGGGUUUGAUGGGCCGUAAGUCCUACUUCCCCGAUAAAUGAAUCUAUAGCUUUACCUAAGGGUCUCUAAUAGCCCCUUUCCAGGGCAACAACCUCACAAACACUUCACAGUGGGGCAGGUAAGAAAAAACAAAGGAACCUUAUCUCACAUCUACAUGGUUGUGAGACACACUUUCGGAGACCCAACACAGACCUGGUCGCAGCUCAAAUGCAUGUAGCUUCACAUCAGACUCCCACCAGAAGGCACUGCCCACUCGGCCUCCCAUAAGGUAAAUGUCAAUGGCCUUUUCUCCGUCCCACUGGGUCCCGAGGCCAACUGUGGUCCAUUCCACUGGCUGCUUACCUCUUAAACACUUCCCCGAUUUAGUGAUGGCCAAUAACCGCCAUCCUCAUUAAAAUUCUUCAAAGGAAUAUUCAUAAUGCAGUGGUAGAGCUGCUGCCUUAGAUCUCUGGAGAGUGGGUUUCAAUGCCGACUACUGGCUCUGUCUGUGUGAGCACCUUCUCCCCGUGACUGUGUGGCUUUCCUCUGGGUGCUCUGGUUUCCUCCUACAGUUCCAAUGACGGGCUGGUUGGUGGGUCAAUUGCCCCUGCUGUGUAGAGGGUGUGGAGUUUUCCAUUCUCCCUGAUUUCCCCUGGACGUAAGGGUUGGCGGGUCAAUUGCCCCCAGGGAGGGGUAGAAUCUGAGGGAGUGUGGUUAAUAGGUAUCAGGGGAAAACAAUAAAGCAAGAUUAAGAUGGAUUCUUGCAGAUGGGUGACAGAUGGCUGGCACAGUCCGAGGUGCCCGGUCUUUUCCGUACUUCCGUACUUUGAAGGAGAUUGAGACCCCCACUAUCUCCCAAGGACCAGAUCAUAAUAAAGUCAAGGGAUGGAUUUUGAGGAGAAAACUAGACAGACUGACCCCUGACUCUCUUGUUUUUUAAGACCAUAAGAUAUAGGAGCAGAAUUAGGCUAUUUGGCCCAUUGCGUCUGCUGUCAUUUCAUGAUGGCUGAUCUAUUUCCCUCUCAGUCCCAGUCUCCUGCCUUCUCCCUGUAUCCCUUCAUGCCCUGACCAAUCAAAAUCUUAUCAACUUCUGCCUUAAAUAUACAUAAGGACUUGGCCUCCACUGCCACCUGUGGUAAUGAAUUCCACAGAUUCACCACUCUCUGGCGAAAGAAGUUCUUCUCAUCUCCAUGCUAGAAGGAUGCCCCUCUAUUCUGAGGCCGUGUCCACUGGUCCUAGACUUCCCCACCAUAGAAAGCAUCAUUCUCCACAUCCACUCUUUUGAGGCCUUGAACAUUUUAGGUUUCAAUGAAACCUCAUUCGUCUGAAUUCCAAUGAACACAGGCCCAGAGCCAUCAAACAUUCUUCAUAUGAUAAGCCUUUCAAUCCUGGAAUCAUUUUCCUGAGCCUCCUUUGAGCCCUCUCCAGCAACAGCACAUCCUUCCUUACAUAAGGAGCCCAAACCUGCUCACAAUUCCCCAAGUGAGGCCGCACCAGUGCUUUCUCAAGCCUCAACAUUAAGUACUUGCUUUUAUAUUCUAGUCUUCUUGAAAAGAAUGCUAAACUUGCAUUUGCCUUCCUCAACACCAACUCAACCUGCAAAUUAACUUGUAGGUAAUCGUGCACAAGGACUCCAGUCACUUUGCUUUGCAUCUCUGAUGUUUGAAUCUUUUCCCACUUAGAAACUAGACUACAAUGUUAUUUCUUCUUUGAAAGUGCAUGACCGUACAAUUCCCGACACCGCAUUCUAUCUGCCACUUCUUUGCCCAUUCUCCGAAUCUGUCUAAGUCCUUCUCAACACCACCUGCCUCCGUAUCGUCCGCAAACUUGGCCACAAGGCCAUCAAUAUGCGAGCGGGGUGGGAGCAGAAGAACCCGCUGGAGCGAAGGGCAGCUGCAAAAUCUUUAUUGGAACAGCCACAGGACAAAGCAACGUACGAAUCACAUUACAAACACAUCGAUAAAUAUAAGCUGUAAUGUAGCGAUCACGUGGUGACAGCAGAGACCAUCCUGGAGAUUCAAACUAGAGGACAUGAUUUGAGCGUGCUUUUCCUUGGGCACCGAAGGGUUAACAUUAGAGGGCGCCAUGGUAGCAUGACACUAUUACAGCUCGGGGCGUUCCAGGGUUCAGAGUUCAAUUCCGGGCCGUUGGGUAAAGGAAUUUAUCUUAUGGUCUUAUGGAAUUUCUGUGCAUCCCUCCCAUGGGAUGUGUGGGUUCUCCCCCUGGAGUUUGGUUUCCCUCCCACGGUGCAAAGACAUACAAGGUUGGUUAAUUGGUCACUGUAAAUCGUCUCAUGAUUGGGUUCUCCCCCGCGCCUCGGGCAGCAACCUUUGGCCUGUUCCUUUUCACGAGGAGAGUCGCCAGCUCGACGCUCAACCCAGCACAGAUGAAAAGUGUGCAAGGAGGCGGCCGGACUCGAACCCGUGACCGCUCGCCUCAGCGUUAGGGCUAAUGGGGGUUGUGGGUCAGAAAGGGCCGGCUCCCCACUGUAUCACUCAGUAAAAUAAACUCUGACUCUGUCAGCACGGAUGCUGCCUGACCUGCUGAGUACAGGAUUGAAUUAACUGGGUGGCCCCCUCUCCCACUGGCUCCCUGUGAGCAGAAUGCAUCACUUCACUCCCAUAAUCCCAUGCUGAUGUACCACUAGGUCCGGACCAGAAUUCCUUCUCCUUGUAACUUUCCGCUGGAGAGUCCCAGACAUAGCCAGGACUCUCCCCAUCCCAACCUAGGCUCAGAGACAUAGAACAUGAAAAAGGACAGUGCAGAAGCAGGAACUUUUGGCACAGAAUACCUACACCAAACAGGAAGAAAUUAAUCUCAUCCCUCUAGUCCCUGUAUAUUCAUGUAACUGAAGAACACCACGAUUCUGUCUGGUAGCACGCUACCGAUACCUCCUUUGAAGCAUCAGCAGAUUUUCUUGUGUCCGUGGAUAGUGGUGAUCACCGAGCUUGCAGACGUUUCGGCUCCCAUCGAGAAGCCAUCAUCAGUGCUCAGUUGAGGGUCUUGUCUACUCAGAGUGUCAGCUUUGAUAACCCCCUGGGGUCCGAGGGGCUGUGGAUUGGGCACCAUGACCUGGUUGACUGAUUCAAAGCAGCAUGAACAGUUUAGCAGGAGGAGACUCUGCAUGGCUAGCUUCGACCGAGGUCCACCGGAAGAGUUUGCUUUGCUGUCCAGAUCCCGAGAUCGCUGGAGAUCGGUUGACUGUUGACGUCGUUGUUUCUCUUUGCCCCAUCCAUGCAGACCCUGGGGGGAGUACGUAAUCUGGCAUUCUGAUGAGGCAACAUUCUCAGCUGUGCACUGACGAUGGCUUCUCAAUCGGAACCGCAACGUCUGCAAACAUUCUGCCAAGCUCGGCGAUCUACCAACCAACCAACUCAAGCUGACAAUAUUCCGCAAGAUUUCAAACAGGUACCUCUUUACCCCUGGUGUAAAUAAAACCCCUACCCCUUUAAAGAGAUCCCCUUUGAGCUUGCCCCCUAAGCACACUGAACGCUGGCCAAGGAUGGACCUCUUUGUCACUGGGGAUUGUGGGAAGGUCACCACUAUCCAUGGACACAAGAAAAUCUGCUGAUGCUGGAAUUCCAAAGCAAGGCACACAAGAUGCCGGAGGAUCUCGGCAGGUCAGGCAGCGUCUAUGAAGAGGAGUUAACAGCUGACAUCUCGGGCCGAGACUGCUAAUACUACACAAGGCUGUGUUUUCCACGUAACAACCAGAAUAUUCUCUGAGGCACAGGAAUCUGCAGCAACCAACCGGAAUGGGAAAUUGAAGAAGAGAGAAGGUGGGGGGGGGGGGAAGUAAUUCUGCUUUCUCCCUCCUUCCUUUCAAGUUCUGAUGAAGGGUCUUGGUCCAAAACGCAGGCUAGUGGAACUCAGUGAGUUGAGCAUCUGUGGGCAGUGAGGGUGGGGGGAGGAAGUAUCAAUAUUUCAGAUCGAAACCCUGUAACAAGACAGAGAGUGGGAGUGGGGGGAGAUGGCCAGUAUGGAGAGAUGAGGGUGAGUGGUCAGUCAGGGGCCAGAGAUAAUUGGUGGGCUGAGGGUGGGGGGGGGUGGAGAUGGCCAGUAUAGAGGGAUGAGGGUGAGUGGUCAGACAAGAGGGCCAGAGAUGACUGAUGGGCUGAGGGUGGUGGGGAGAGAUGGCCAGUAUAGAGGGAUGAGGGUGAGUGGUCAGACAAGGGGGUCCAGGGAUGACUGGUGGGCUGAGGGUGGUGGGGAGAGAUGGCCAGUAUAGAGGGA